AUGGAUAUGGAUCAGAGAAAAGUCUUGAACUUUCUGGUGCACUGGCAGCAGACUGGGUGGGAAAGUGGCAUGUGUGGGUGCGCCGUCCAGUGGGCAGGGCAGAGUCUGCUAUGCCGCUUCCAGUUGGAGAACGGGAGAAGAAUUAAGCACAAACACUUCAGCUGCAAGAGAUUGGGAGCAGGGGACAACAGUCGAAAGACUGCUACCCGAGAUGGCAAGUGGCUGGCAGCAGUGCCCCAUAAGGUGGUCACUGUAUGCUGUUAGAUGGCAACAAAGACAUGGAGGAGGUGGGAGGAACCUGUCUGGAUUCUAUGGGAAGAGAUUCUCCAGAGUGAGGAGCAGCCAGAAAAAGCUGUUGGUGUACCUGUGUGUUCAAAGACCAGAGGAGAGCAGUUUAUGGUGCUUGGCCCUUCCGAACCCAUUGUGGCAGUGCUGGGUGCGGACAUCACGCUGCCAUGUCAUGUGUCCCCGGCCAGGGAUGUGGAGAAUAUGGAGCUGCGGUGGUUCCGCUCCAAGUUUUCAGAAGCAGUGUUCAUCUAUCAAAACCAGCGGGAGCAGAGAGAAGAGCAGUUGGCUCAGUACAGAGGGCGAACCUCACUGGUUAAGGAUUUCCUCACCCAGGGGGAGGCUGCUGUGCGCAUCCACAAUGUCCAGACUUUCGACAAUGGGCUGUAUACCUGCUUCUUCAGAAUGGGAAUCUUCUAUGAAGAGGCCAGUUUGGAACUGAUGGUGGCAGGUGUUGGCUCUGCCCCUCAAGUGCACAUCACAGGUCCAGAGGAGGACGGGGUCCGAGUUGUGUGCAUGGCCUCGGGGUGGUUCCCAAAGCCCCAAGUGCAGUGGAGAGCUCUCAGUGGAGAGAAGUUCCUGACGUUCUCUGUGACUGAAGCCCAAGAUGAUGAAGGGCUGUUCACCAUAGAGGCCACUCUUGUGGUGAGGGACAGCUCUUCAGGGAAUGUGACCUGCUUAGUCCUUAACCCCAUUCUAGGCCAGGAGAAGGCAAUGGCCUUUUUCAUCCCAGAACCCUUCUUCCCUCGGAGUUCUCCCUGGAAGCUGGCUUUCAUGGUGACCCUGACUGUGCUGAUGCUCCUACUGCUUGGGGCUGUCUUCUACAUCAUGGGAGAACAGACUGCAAAGCACCAGGAGAUGCAGGAAUUGGAGAAACUGCACAGAGAAAAGGAGGAGGACCAGCGGAUAAAGGAGGAGGCACUGAAGGCCAGAGAUGAACUCCAGGCCAAUCUUGACUGGAGGAAAUCUGUUUACCUGGCUGCCCUGAAGAAAGCAAAACUGUAUGCAGAUUGGCGGAAGGAGAAGUUCCAGGCCUUGUCUGUCAAUCUGGAUCCAGAGUCUGCCCAUUCCAACCUUGCUGUCUCUGAUGACAAGACUAGUGUGACCUUCAAGAACUCAUACAGUGGCUCAAAUGAUGGAGUCUAUAGUGUCUUUGGUCAUGAAGGCAUCACAUCAGGGUGCUGUUACUGGGAGGUGGAGAUCAGGAAUGCAGAAAAAAGUGAGUGGGCACUGGGGGUCUGUAGGAGAGAUGUGGAGAGGAAAGAAUGGUACCAGGAAGGGCCAGAAAAGGGGUUCUGGGUUGUGGGGAUGUAUGAAAAUGGAUUCUGCUCCCUCCCUGCUAAUGGAGAACGUGUUGAGCCAAUUCCCCGGAGGGUAGGGGUUUUCCUGGACCUGAAGGAAGGGGAUGUCUCAUUCUACAACAUGACUGAUGGUUCCCAUCUUUUCUCCUUCCCUCUCUCUUCCUCCUCUGGGACUCUGUUUCCAUACUUCAGGUUGAGGUCAGGAAAUGUGUCCCUGACCAUCUGCUCUGGGAUGGGCGGGCCUGUGCAGACCCUUGUACCCCUUAACAACCCUCCUUGUUCUUCAGAAGAGCCUGUGAGCCUCUCAGGGCAGGGGAUCAGUUCAGGCUGUGGUGUUGAUGGUGAUGUCCCAGGGGCUGAAUCCCCAUUACUCCCCUGUGGUCCUGAAGCUAUGUCCCCAUAA